AUGUCUAUGGUUUAUUUGGCCAGCGGCGAUAGCAAUGCGAAUAUUGAAUAUCAAACGAUCUCCUCGACGGCCACACAACAGUUGACUCAGGAGCAAUCGGAGCGUUUGCACGAUCGCAUCACCAAAGCGCAGCUGCAGAAGCUCUACGAUUUAUUCAAAUCGUCGCCAGAUCAAAUGGUUGGCUAUUCGGAAUUACGUCACAUGUUGGAGGAUGUUGAUAUUACUUUUACGGAUUAUACGUAUACGCGUCUAUUUCUGAAAAUCAAUCAGAAUAGCGAUUUUAUGAUCGAUUGGAAUGAGUUUGUCUCGUAUCUGAUAUUUGGUUUCCAGGAGGAGGACCCCAGCAGUCAAAAGGAGGCACUGACUAUGCCCAUUUCGGCGCCGCCAGUUGUACGCAAAACCGAACAUCGUUCGGCCGUCUGUUGCAUAACGCUGCUCAAGGUCAAAUCGGAUCAGACACCGAUGGAGGAGAUACCGGAAUUAUCGGCAAACUAUUCAUUUGGUGGCGAAGAUUCGCCAGAGAAUUCGGGCAUGUGGGUGACGGCUAGUCGUGAGGGACAAUUGCGUUUCUGGAGCGCACACAUGGAACCGCUGCGCAGCGCCGUCUCCGAGAGCAUUCACUUGAAGAUGCCCACCUGGAUACUGGCGCUGCAGGCUUUGUCCGAUGUGAGCAUCGUUUGCACCGCGUCCACGGAGCGUGAAUUACGUUUCCAUGAGACGAUCGCAUCGACAUUUACGCUCCGCAUGGUCAUCCGUAGUUUACCAUAUGCUGUCUACUGCAUGAGCUAUGCCUUCUACAACAAUGGCAAGACGCACUCCAAACUGGUCUUGGGCGAUUAUGCCGGCAAUGUGCGCAUUCUAUCGUAUUCACCAUAUUUACGCGGUCCGUUCCAGGCCAAACCGGGAGCGGCGCUCGUUGAGCUGGUAUGGGCAGAUGUGUUGAAGGGUCGGAUACCGUUGUUGAUUCCCCGCGAGCACAUCAAUCUGCACAGUGAGCUCAUCUCGUGUGUCUACUAUUCGCUGCACAUGAAUACCCUGUUUGCCUCGGCCGAAUAUCGGAAUACAAAAAAGUAUCGUGGUCGUUGUCCGGGUCUGAUCAUGGUCAGCAAUGAUGAUCGCAAUAAUUUUCGUAUACCACUUGGUGUAUCCGUCUUUUAUGUGGCCGAGAGCAAGAAUAUUUUGGUGACUGGCGGACCGGAUACGUUUGUUCGCAUCUGGGAUGUGUACAUAUCGUCGGAGCCAUCGGCCAUACUCACUGGCCACAAUGGUGGCAUUGUUGCCGUCUUUGUGCAGCCGGAGGAGAACAAGGUGUACAGCGUGGACUAUCAUAAGGUCAUCAAGGUGUGGGAUCUGCAGGAGCACACACUGCUCCAGACAUUCGGUGAACUGGUACGCAUCAUUCAUCACAGCGAAACGGACAUCAAGUACUAUUAUCAUUCGCAUCUCCGGGAUCUAUUGGUUGCCGGACGCAAACUCAUUCAGAUCAAGUGUUGUCCCCGUGUUCGAGUUGAUCUCACCGAUGGCAACACACAUGCGGCUCCCGUCUCUGUGGUCCUCUACAAUCGACUCUUUCGCAAUAUUGUCACGUGUGGACUGGAUAGCUAUAUAAUUGUGUGGGAUCCGUGGACGGGUCGCCGCAAGAUUAUCAUGAAGAAUUGCCAUACGAAGAUGAUCUAUGGCGAAAUCAUUGAUAUUGAGAUAACAGCGGCGUGCUUUGAUCCGCUCGAGCAGUUUCUGUUGACGGGUGCACGGGAUGGUUCCCUGAAGAUCUGGAACUAUAAUAAUGCUGUCGUCGUGCGCAAUAUGAGCAUUCAGCCGGAUCAGGAAGUAACUGCCGUUAUCUGGGUGAUCGAUCGCAUAUUGGCCAUGGGCUGGGAUCGACAGGUGACCGAGUUCAAUGAUGUUGCCGGUCGCGAAUAUGGCGAUCCAAAGAAAUGGGCAAAAUUCCACACAGAUGACAUUACCUGUGCGGAUGUGAAGUUGGGCGAGGGCGUUGUCACCGCCACCUAUUCGGGUGAGAUUAUCUUCUGGAAGCUGGAAACUGGUCAGCCGUACCGACGCUACAACGUAAUGAAUCCGUAUCAGUUCAUUGAGCUGAAACUCAACACGGAGGAGGAGAAAUUGACGCGACGCUCGAAGCGUAUCUCCUCGCUGAUGGGAGCGGGACGACGCACACUAGUGCUCCAAAAUUUCAAGCCGGAUGAGAUUAAGGACUACGGCGCCAAUAUACCCGUAUCCGUGCAGGCAGUGCUAUUUCUGCAGAAGCGUCCCAUGACCAAGGAUCACGGGAGUGUUUUCAUUUCUCUGGACACGGGCUACAUUCAGGUGUAUUCCCAUCAUCAGCAUGGCGGCUUCAUCAAACAGUUCUUCGCCGUUCACAAAGUGGGCGACUGUGUCCUGACCAUGGCCUCAGAUCGCAAGAAUCGAUUCCUUUAUACGGGCACCGCCUUUGGCUACAUUAAGAUUUGGCAUAUUGUCAACUAUUGCAUACCGCAGGCCGAGAAGACGGAGGUGUGCAUGCCCAGACUGCGUCUGGACUUCAUAUUCCUGCGCAAGGAUCUCUUCCUAACACGGGCGAAGCGUGUAAUACGCAAUCAGCCGGAACCAAUGCUCGUUAGCUCCUACAAGGGACACCUGAAGGCCAUCAAUUCCAUUGGUUUCAUCAAUUUGCCAAAGAUUUUAUUCACUGGCAGUCACGACUACUCCUGUCGCUUGUGGACGCAAGGUGGACGUUACUUGGGUACGCUGGGCACUGUGCUGCCCUGGUCGAAACUGACACCAUUUGAACGCGCCGGCGAAGAUAAUCGCGCCUAUCGCCUGCCGCCCGAUAUCAAAAAGGUGGCCAGCUCGACAACGCUCAAGGUGAUCUCGGGCAUCCAGCAUACAGGGACAGUGAAGCGGGCGAAGGCGGUCGAUGAACGGGAGGAUGAACGCGAUGUGGAGGAGGCGGCGAGCGAUGUGAAGAACAUGUUUGAUCGACCGCUCCGUGAGCCCAUACUGGGCCAUCAUUUCCAGCUACCCGGUCGCAGUGUGAUCGAGCAGCGCAUCGAUUUGGAUACGACUGAGUUGUGCAUACCCGUUUACACACAUCUGCGUGUUUAUCCAUCUGAAAUGAUGGAGCAUCUGCCGACGCCGCCAGUCAUUGGCCAGGUGCGUGCGGAGAACUACUUGGAUCACUAUAUGCCCGUUGUCGGCAAAGUGGAUCCCCACGACUCGGCCAUUAACAUUCGAGAGCCACAGAAGCGUGCCAAGGCCGGCUCUUCUAGUUUGUUGCCGGCCAGAGCUGGCUAUAGUCUGGGCAAACCCAAGACUAACUCGGUGUUGGGCAUGCCCAGAUCAUCGGGCGCUGGUCUGUGCAAGCCCAGGACUAGCUUUACACUAUCGGAUUACACUCCCGGCAACCCCAAGGCGGACUUCAGCUCAAGGAAUAUGAAGAGCAACUUAAGUUCAGGCAGUCCUAAAGCAGGCAUCCCCAAAGCAGACUCGAGUCAUGGCAGUGCCAAGGCUAGCUGCCGUCUAGGCAGCCCCAAGCCGGAUUACAUUUCCAUCAAAAAGAGGGCUAGCUUCAGUCCAGGCACCACGCCCAAGACGGACUUCAGUCCCAAGGCUGGCAAACCCAAGACGAACACAAUGAAAUCCAGCAAUUCGCAUUAAUCAUAAUUCCAAUUCCAA